UUGGGUUGAGAGAGGGAGAGAGCUUGCUAUAAGAUUCCAAUUUUUGUUCACCGAUCUCCCCAAUGAGAGCGGCCUUGGCUUUUCCUUGAUCGCCACCUCUCAAACUUACUUCACUAGCUACCUCUUCUUUUCUCAUAACCUACUAUUUCCCUCUCUCUCUCUCCCCCACUACAGACUCAUAUUCCUUUAGGGCUUUAAAAAUUCAUUAAUGCAAUGGCUAUUGACUGCAUAACAAGCAUACCGCCCAUGCCUCCUCAACCUCCAAAAGAAGAAGAGCGCAACGAGCAAAAACAACUUGUUUUUGAUGCCUCGGUGCUCAAAUACCAAUCAAAUAUACCACAGCAGUUCAUAUGGCCGGACGAGGAAAAGCCUUGCUCUGAUGCGCCGGAACUUCCAGUUCCCCUUAUUGACUUAGGCGGCUUCCUCUCCGGCGACCCGUCUGCUGCAGCGGAAGCCUCAAAACUUGUUGGCGAAGCGUGCCAAAAGCAUGGCUUCUUUCUUGUUGUCAAUCAUGGUGUGGAUGCUAAGCUAAUAGCUGAUUCUCAUGGCUACAUGGACGACUUCUUCGAGCUGCCCCUUUCAACAAAGCAGAGGGCUCAGAGGAAAGUAGGUGAGCACUGUGGUUAUGCCAGUAGCUUCACAGGCAGGUUCUCCUCCAAGCUCCCUUGGAAGGAAACACUUUCUUUCCGCUAUUCAGCAGACCAAACCUCAUCCAAUAUUGUUCAGGAGUAUUUAUGUAAUACAAUGGGUGAAGCUUUCAAGCAACUCGGGAGGGUUUAUCAGGACUACUGCGAGGCAAUGAACACUCUUUCUCUAGGGAUCAUGGAACUCCUAGGAAUGAGCCUAGGUGUAAGCAGAGCCCAUUUUAAGGAGUAUUUUCAGGAGAACGAUUCGAUAAUGAGGCUCAACUACUAUCCGCCGUGCCAAAAACCUGACCUUACUUUAGGCACUGGGCCUCAUUGCGAUCCAACAUCGUUAACCAUCCUUCACCAGGACCAAGUAGGUGGCCUUCAAGUGUUCGUAGACGACGAGUGGCGAUCUAUUAGCCCAAAUUCGAAUGCUUUUGUUGUUAACAUCGGCGACACCUUCAUGGCUCUUUCAAAUGGAAGAUACAAAAGUUGCUUGCAUCGGGCAGUGGUGAACAGCAAAACUCCAAGGAAAUCUCUGGCUUUCUUUCUAUGUCCAAGAAAUGAUAAAGUGGUUAGCCCACCAAGUGAAUUGGUGGACACAGUGCGUCCAAGGAUAUACCCGGAUUUCACAUGGCCUAUGCUGCUUGAAUUCACACAGAAGCAUUACAGGGCUGACAUGAAGACCCUCGAAGUCUUUUCGAACUGGCUUCAACAGAAAAACAGCUGAAACUCCAAACGGACAUGGCCAUCAUGUUAAUGGUCAUUCUUCCACAGAAAAUGACGUUGAUAAGAAGAGGAAAAUAGAGGCAGAGGGAGUUGGAGUCUUUCGUUAAAGAGGUAGAGGAAGACAGGGCCAAAGUUGAAGGAAAAGACAGUUUUAUGGUUUUUGGGGUUUGGUACAAUAACUUUCAUUGAUGAACAAAAGCAAGACAAGAGAAUGAGAGAUAUAAGGAACCAAUAAACGGCUGUAUUCAACAGCUAAUUUUUGUAAUUUUCUAAUUUGAUAAUGUAAAAGGUUAUCAAUAGGGUUACCUCGCUAAUUAUAUGUAAAAAUAUUUCGUUUCAAAUUA